AUGAUGCCUGCAGAAGCAUACUCUUCAUCUAGUGAGAACUCAGCGGACAGCAUCCUUCAAGCUGUUCUGGCCCGCAAGAAGAAGCAGAACGUGAAAAAGGCCCAGCCAUGGAAAGAAACCUAUGCUCCACAGGUCGAGGACUUGCCCACCACCACUUCUCCCCAUGACAAACCUUGGCUUGAUGGCAAAUCUGGUGGGGAAGACGAUCCCAACGACACCGACGCUGGCAAAACUUGA